AUGGCUGAGGACCCGGAGCCUGAAUUUUACCUGAGGUGGAAGCACUGUGAGACGCCAGGUGUUAAGACUCUGUGCAAUCUGAGGACGCUGCUGAACCAGCUCCAGAAAGACCACAGAGAUGACGUCUGCAUGUACAUGUCCGGACACCUGAACCCCAACAAGCUCUACAGGCCCCCGGAGACCAUCCUGUAUCACUGGCCCAACGCCAACAGGCCCCCGCAGGCAAAAGUCUUCGGAGCAGAGAGGCUAUCUGAUGAGGUUAAGAAGAUGAAAGAUGCUUUGGCUCGUUUUACCAUCAGCACAGCGGUGGGCCCGAGUGAUGCUGAGAACACACCACUCUUCAGGUAUCUGAACCCUCCCGCGCAGGCCUCCCACGCUUCGCAGGAGGACGUGAGUCCUAAGGCGGGGUUGAGAGAGGAGGGCUCUCCUGAACGGCCAAAGAGAGGGGAGCUGAUAUUGCCCGACAUAAAGGUCCUGAAGUACAAGGAGGUGACGUCCAGCCGUGAGUGCGUGUCGUCCCCGCCAGGCAGGGACGAGUUCCAAUACGUCAGCUCGUACUUGGCCGGCGUAACGAAAGCAGACAGGUACAGGCAGUUCUUGAGCUUCCAGAAACAAGUGCUGGCAAAGCAAGACCUCCUGAUGAGGGACUUCACUGGGAGCCAGGCAGCGAGGUGCCACGAGAAGAAGCUGGAGCAGGAGCUCCAGAAAAUAUGUGUCUGUGACCCUGAAGAGUUCAACAGACUCCAGGUCUUUGGAGAAGUCUUUGAAGAUAUUUGCAAUAGUUCUUUGAUAUUUGGUGAUAUCUUGAAAGAAAUUAAGGAAGAAUAUGAACUCUAUAUGCUAUUACUUCUGAAGAACCAUCCCACAGAAGAGUAUAAGUCUUUGCUGGCUGAGGUCCAGAGUCUGAAGAAGGGGAAGGUGAAGACAGCGGGUGUCCAACGGGCCAAGGAGGAACUGAGAGCGCUCGUGACUGCCGUCAGAGCGGCCCUGGACCACAGCGACAGGCUCAGAAAUGAACUGGAGCAGGAGCGUAAUAUGUUGCUUUUAAAAAAUAUUCCAGAAUCACCUGAGAGAAAGGCCGUGAAGGAGGAGAACCUUACUCUUCUUGAGAAGGUUGGAAAAAAGAGGUGUGAAGUACUUCAUAAAUGGGAUGAGAUUCAAGCUCUGGAGAGAGUAAUGAAAACAACCUUUGUUCAUACUGGGAUUUUGCAAAUCACCGAAAGUAAGAUCAAAAGCUUAGAGACGGAAACUAUAAAGUUGGAAACAGCAAAUAAAAUUUUAAUGAAGAAAAUUCAAACAUACUGCUUGCUGGGCGUGGUCCUCAGUGGUGGAGAUACAGCUGUAGACGCCAAAUGCCAGGCCCCUGGAGUCCUGGAGCUUGCAUUGUGGAAGGGGCAGGCAAACCAACCAGCAAAUUGGCAACCAUGUCAGAUGGUGCUUACUGCUGUGAGUGAAAGUAACGGCGGGGAAGGAGAGGGUGUGCAGGGUGGUGAGGAGGAUGACAUUUCACAGCUGAUGAGGGAAGGUCUGCCUCCUAACAUGCUGGAGAGAUGCCCGAAAGAAGAGGAGGAAUCAUAUCCGUGUCUGGGGGGACUUACAGACAGCAGGAGGGCAUGUGCAAGGGCCCUGGGGGCAGAAGGCUGCGGGACUUCAGGGUUCAGUGGGAUGUGCACCCAGUGCUGCUCGUGGUACCGUCCCGAGAACAGGCACAUUGAGGGCGACAACGCAGCAGAAAAGAGGGGGCAGGGAGAGAUGCUGGGGUCAGGGCAGCGCUUCUCCUAG